GCCAUGGCCAGCUACGAGCUCGCCCUGAAGCUGCAGCGGAGGCUGAGGCUGGAGCAGGAGGCUGAGGGCGUCCCGACCCCGCAGCAAAACGGCUUCGACAGGGUGCCCGCGCCAGCCUGGCCCUGCGGUUCCCCGAGCCCGGGAGACGAGCCACCCGCCAAGGAGCUCACGGCCAACGCGGGCUCCGAGCUCAAGGAGCAGCUGAACCGGCAUCAGGGCAUCCACGAGGGAACGGCGCGGCCCCGGCCCAUCAAGGUCUUCAAGCCCUACACCGAGUUUCGCGAGUUCAGCCGCCGCCAGAUCAAGGACAUGGAGAGCCUCUUCCGACGGUAUGACUCUGGGAAGGAUGGCUACAUCGACCUGAUGGAACUGAAGCUGAUGAUGGAGAAGCUGGGGGCUCCCCAGACCCACCUGGGACUAAAGGAAAUGAUCAGGGAGGUGGAUGAGGACCUCGACAGCAAGCUCAGCUUUCGGGAGUUUUUGCUGAUUUUCCGCAAAGCAGCCUCAGGGGAACUGGAGGAAGACAGCGGCUUGAUGUCCCUGGCCAAGCUCUCCGAGAUCGACGUGGCCAUGGAAGGUGUGAAAGGAGCCAAGAAUUUUUUCGAAGCCAAGGUCCAUGCCCUGUCCGUGACCAGCCGAUUUGAAGCUGAGAUCAAAGCAGAGCAGAAUGCCCGAAAGCAGGAGGAGGAGGACAGAAAACACCGGAGGGCUCUCUUCAGAGAACGCCAAGCCGCCUUCUCCCAGUAGCUCCCGCGAGCCCGAAUGUGCUCAGAGACUUGCCUUGACUUCUACCAUCUGUGCCUUACAAGUUGGCCUGAAAGAAAUGGUCAGCACCUCGUCCCCCAAGGAGGACCCAUCUCUCACUGAAUGUCCCGUGUCCCCCGUGUGUCCCCAGCCCUGGUGGUCUUUCUUCUUGAGCUUCCUGUCUGUUGUGCCUGGAAGGGUAACUGGUAACCCUAAGACCUGAGGAAAUAGUAGGAAGGUCAAAGUAAGGGAUGGGAAGAGAGAAUUCUGUAAAAAAAGGGAACGAUUCCCUUUCUUACCCAACCACUGCUCUACUAGCCAUUGAAUGCUUCCAGGAUUUUGGUGACUUUUAUUUUCCCUGUUUCCUCCCUUUUAGGCCAACCUUUCAAGGAGGUCAUUUGGCCAGAGGUAUAGCUCUGCCAUUCUCCUGCAUUCCCAUAUUCAGACUGAUUGCCUUUUCCAAGUGCACUCAUUGGACUUCUACACUCUUGGCUUUGAUUCUCCCCUUCUUCCAUCAACUCCCACAAAAGAGGCAAGGCUAAGCUGUUCAACUGUCCUCCCUCACCAAGUGUUUGAAGCAAGGGGGAGAGCUCCAAGAACUAUGGAGUGGACCCCAGAAAGCCCUCAGUGUUGGGGGGAGGCUGUUCUAAAAGCCCCUCUGAUUUUCUGCCACUCUACUCAUAGAGGUGGUUUUCAAUGGAUGACAAGAAGCUCCAUGCCAAGGGUCUCCCCCUUUGACCUCUACAUGGUAAUACGUUGUCAGAUUGCCAGUUUAGAUUGGUGGAUUCAUGCAGGAUACCUGAGUCUAGCCAGAACACCUGACCAUGGUUCUGGAACUUUUCAUGUAGAGACAGGUGGGUGUGGACCCAACUUCCGUGGUCGCCAUUAAAAACCUCACAUGCUCACUGAGUAUGUAAGACUUCAGAGAUGUUUCUGUCUUUUAUUCUCCUUUCUCAUUGUCCAAGGAGGAGCAACUCUUUCACCCUUGGUCCUUUGUUCUU